GCGGCUGAGGGAAGUGUUGUUCGCGCGUCUUGUUAAGAGGACCAAACAGCAGCAGCAGCAGCAGCGCGCGCUUCAUCCUCCAGAACCUGCAGGUAUCCCGGGGAGCACUGCGCCGUGAAUGCCUCCCACACCAGAAGGAGGAUACUGCUUUAAUAUAAUUUUUGACUGAUUGAGACAUAUAUAUUUUUCAUUUCCCUAAUGGUAACCAUCACUGGGCAGCCGGAGACAUGUGGAAUAAUCUGGGGAAACUGCACCGCUUCUCAAUAGUGUGUCUUCUCCUGACGCUGUGCGCUGAGGUGUCUCACUCCACUGGUUACUUCGAGCUGCAGUUGAUUUCGGUGGAAAACCCCACAGGUCAGCUCCUGAACGGGGACUGCUGCGACGCGGAGCCGAGCGCAGCGGACGGCCACUGCGACGCAGACGAGUGCGACACGUACUUCAAAGUGUGUUUAAAGGAAUACCAAACGGAGGUCGCGACCAAAGGAACGUGCACGUACGGCUCGGAAACUACUAAGGUUAUCGGUGGGAAUACUUUUCAGUUCAAGGGCCAGAAAACCGGACAGAACCGGAACCAUGACACCGGGAAGAUCCUAAUUCCCUUCCAGUUCGCGUGGCCGCGAGCGUACACUGUGAUAUUGGAGGCGUGGGACAGGGACAAUGGCACACACAGCAAUGAUGAGGAGCUUCUGAUUGAGCGCAGCAUCCACAAAGGGAUGAUAAACCCCGGCGACGAGAAGCAGGUGGUAGAGUAUAAGAGCUCCUUCACCAGCCUCGAGUACACCAUCCGGGUCCGCUGCGAUGAAAACUACUACGGCAUCAAGUGCAACAAAGUCUGCCGUCCCCGUGACGACUACUUCGGGCAUUACGUGUGCGACCAGCUGGGGAACAGAGGCUGCAUGGAGGGCUGGAUAUGGCCUGAAUGCGAGACAGCCAUCUGCAAACAGGGAUGCAGCCUCGAACACGGGACAUGCAGCGUGCCGGGGGAAUGCAAGUGUAACUACGGCUGGCAGGGUCCGCUGUGUGACGAGUGCCUGCCCUACCCCGGCUGUGUGCACGGGACCUGCAACGAGCCCUGGCAGUGCACCUGCGAGAAGAACUGGGGGGGUCUGCUCUGCGACAAAGAUCUGAACUACUGUGGGACCAACCGGCCCUGUAAGAACGGAGGGACGUGUAUGAACACAGAGCCCGAUGAGUAUAAUUGCGCCUGUCCCGACAGCUACUCUGGCAAAAACUGCGAGAUUGCGGAGCAUGCCUGUGUUUCCAACCCCUGUGCUAACGGAGGAACGUGCCAUGAAGUCCCAUCAGGCUUUGAGUGUCACUGUCCAGCAGGAUGGUCCGGGCCCACCUGUGCUAAAGACACGGACGAAUGUGCCUCCAGCCCCUGUGCUCAGGGUGGGACCUGCGUGGACAUGGAGAACGGCUUCGAAUGCCUCUGUCCUCAACAGUGGACGGGCAAGACCUGCCAGAUAGACGUUAAUGAGUGUGCGGGGAAGCCUUGCCUCAGUCCUUACACUUGCAAAAACUUCAUUGGUGGAUAUCUCUGUAGCUGCUUUCGUGGAUGGGUUGGCAAGAACUGUGAAAUCAAGUCAAACAGCUGCCAUGGUCAGUGUCAGAAUGGAGGGACCUGCAAGAUGGUGCCCCGAGGCUACCAGUGUGUUUGCCAGACGGGGUUUGAGGGUCGGCACUGUGAGGUUCAGAGCCGCUGUACCAGCAGCCCCUGUAAGAACGGAGGGCGCUGCCAGGCCCUGAUCGACGGCUUCAUGUGUGAAUGCCCGCAGGGCUUCGCUGGUGCAACCUGUGAGGUGCAGAAUGACCCCUGCAUCCCGAACCGCUGUCACAAUAAGGCUCAGUGCCACAGUCUGGUGGGAGAUUUCUACUGCAGCUGCCCCGACGAUUACGAGGGCAAAACCUGCUCAGAGCGUAAGGACCACUGCAAGACCAACCGCUGUCAAGUGAUUGACAGUUGCACAGUUGCUGUGGCAACAAAUGACACCCAAAAGCGGGUGUGGCAUAUCUCCUCCAAUGUGUGCGGUCCCCACGGACGCUGCAUCAGCCUGCCUGCCGGGAACUUCAGCUGCUCCUGUGAGCCGGGCUUCACGGGCACCUACUGCCACGAGAACAUUAACGACUGUGCGUCCUCCCCCUGUAAGAACAGAGGCACUUGCAUCGAUGGGAUCAACUCCUUCCAGUGUGUUUGCCCAAACGGCUGGGAGGGUAAUCUAUGUGAUAUUGAUGUGAAUGAGUGCAACAGGAACCCCUGUCAGAACGGAGGCCAAUGUGUGGAUCUGCUCAACGACUUCAACUGCAACUGUGUGGACAAAUGGAAGGGAAAGACCUGCCACUCCCGUGAGAGCCAGUGCGACUCCACCACCUGCAGUAAUGGAGGGACGUGUUACGACAACGGAGACUCUUUUCUGUGUAGCUGUCCCUCAGGCUGGGGCGGCAGCACCUGCAAUACAGCCAAGAACAGCACGUGUGACUCCCGUCCAUGUGAGAACGGAGGGACAUGUGUCGGAGGAGGAGGAGACGCCUUCACCUGCAUCUGCAAGGACGGCUGGGAGGGAGCCACCUGUGCACAGAAUGUCGACGACUGCAAUCCGCAUCCAUGCUACAACGGCGGCCUCUGCGUGGACGGUGUGAACUGGUUUCGAUGCGAGUGCGCCCCGGGAUUCGCCGGACCGGACUGCCGCAUCAACAUCGAUGAGUGUCAGUCGUCUCCUUGUGCCGAAGGUUCAACCUGCAUGGAUGAAAUCAACGGAUACCGCUGUGUCUGUCCUCCAGGAUACGCUGGACCUCGCUGUCAGAAGUUCAUCGGACUCGGGAAGUCGUGUCGUCAUGCCGGUCUGCAGUUUCCUCACGGCAGCCGCUGGGAUGAGGAGUGUAACGCCUGCCAGUGUGUCAACGGAAACGUGCACUGCUCCAAGGUGCGAUGUGGCCGUCGGCCCUGCCUCCUCCCGAAGGCUCCUCCUCCCCCUCCUGCGGACUCAACCCCCCCGCCCUGCCCCGGCGGUCACGAGUGUGUGGAGCAUCAGUUCCUCACCUGCUUCUCGCCGCCCUGCCACCAGUGGGGUGUGUGUUCUACGCCCGACCCCCCGACACCCCUACACACAGAGUGCGAGCCCAACAGCGGUUACCUUGACAACAGCUGCGCUCGCAUCACCCUCAUCUUCAAGAAGGACAAAGUGCCGCAGGGCACCACUGUAGAGAACAUCUGCUCGGAGCUGAGGUACCUCCCGGUCACUCAGACGCUGGCGGAGGAGCGGGCGCUGCUCAUCCUCUGUGACCUGUCCUACUCCAACAGCGACGCCGUGGAGGUCGCAAUGUCCUUCGAGCAGGAGGGAGAGGAGGGGGCAGGAGAGAAAGCCCGCCCAGGAAACCACGGUGGCAGCAUCCGUGAAUGA